AUGGACACGUUCAAAGAGAAAUUCAAUGAACUCCUUAAAUUUCUCCAACAAAAGCCUUCAAAGCAAGCACUUGUAAAAUGGUUACUCGUGAGUGGUGGUAUUCUACUUCUCAUCUAUGCUUACAAGGCUAGUGGUCUAAAACGAUUUUUCAAACGAGCACCAAGAAGUAUCAAAGAUCCCACCAUCUCCGAAAGCUACAAAUCAAAAGUUCAUACUAAUUUGAAAGAGAAUGAAUAUGACGUAGCAAUUGUGGGUGCUGGACCAGCUGGUGCUACUUGUGCCUAUUAUUUGGCCAAGUAUGGCUAUAAGGUCUUGUUGUUGGAACAAAAGUAUUUCCCUCGUGAGAAGACUUGUGGUGAUGGCUGUACUGCCAAAACUUUAAAACAUUUGAAAGAAAUGGGAGUUUUGGAUGAGUUGAAAAAAGAAAACAAGGUUGCUCCAAUGGGAUCUGGAGGCAUUGUUGGGCCCAAUGGUACUAGUUUUAUUUCGAAUUCAGCUGAUGCCAUCGAAAAGUUGAGUGGUGACACUGAAUGGACUCCAUGUGCCAUUAAGAGAAUUCAUUUGGAUGAAAAGGUCGCCCGUGCUGCUCAAAGAAAAGGUGCAGAUUUAAAGGAAGGAAUGGAUGUUAUUAAGGUCAACCGUAAUUUUGUUGGCUUGAAAGGAUACGCUGUUGUUGCAAAUCACACACCUAAAGAUGAGGAUGCCGAACCAAAACAAUACAAAUUCCUUGCCUCAGUUUUGGUUUGUGCCGAUGGAGCUCCCUCAAAGAUUGCCACCUCAUUGAAAAUGGUUCAGGAAGAACCUCAGGGAAUUUCCUCUAGAGUCUAUGUUUCCGACCACAACUUCCAAACGAAUUGCGUAAUUUUCUAUCCAAAGCCUGUUUUACCAGGUUAUUGCUCCAUGUUUUUACACUCAGAUGGAGACGUGUCACUAUGUACUUAUAUUGUUCCAGGAGGCAAGCCAAAGAAGGAUGAUUUGCCAAGACUUCACGAAUAUUGUACUACUGAAGAUUCUGCAAUUAAGAAGGCAUUGGGACCAAAUGCUAAAUUUGAUCAAAUGAAAGCUGCAUAUUUGAGAUUAGGAGGAAUUUCCAAGUCAUAUGGUGACAACAUUUUAGUGAUUGGUGAUGCUUGUGGAUUAAUUAAUCCAAUCACAGGUGAAGGUAUUCACUAUGCUAUGGAUAGUGCUAAAAUGGCUGCAGACGUAUUAGGAGAGGCGUUAAAGCAAGGAGAUCUCUCUAAGGAAAGGCUAAAGCUGUACCAAGACUUAUGGCAAUAUCAUUAUGAAAAUGAUUUUUACUUUGCAAAUAAGAUGUGCGUGUUGGUAGCUAAAUAUCCAGUUCUUUUGGACGCUGUCGCAUCCUGUGUGAAAAAGAAGGGAGGAAAAUUCUUGGCAGAUUUUGCCAUGGUCACUAGCGGCGUCAAGAGUUGGUCUUGGUUCUUCAGACCUGAUGUUGUCAUUCCGCUUUUAUUUGAAAUUAUUGUUCUCUCCCUGUUCGGAACUAAGAAGCCUGCAGUUCAACAGAAAUAA